UUUUUUUUUUUUUUUUUUUUCUUUCUUUCCUUCUUUUUUGGCGACUCAAAAAAAAAGGGGUGAGGAUUUUCACCUAGUUAUUGACGGCUUCCCCCCUUUUUUUUAUUAUUCUUUUUUUUUCAUCUUUUACUACAAUUAUCACGAUUUUAUUUCCGUUUAAACGACCAUCAUGGGGUCAUUACCUGGAUUGCCCAUAUAUUUCAAUUUGGUCAUACGUCAACAACCUUUACAAUCACGUACUUGUGGAGUAGGUGACAAAGUGGAUCGACGACCAAUUGAUCCUCCUCUUAUCAUUGAAUUACAGAUGCACAACGGUUAUCAUCAAUUACUCCUUCCAGAGGAAUACAUGACUGAUUUGUUUAUGACAGCAGUGUUGGUACCAGCAGCAAGAACAACAACAACAUCAUCAUCAACACAACAACAAGUGGAUCUCAGUCUUCAUUCUCAACUAACGGUCGGUCGCACAGUUUCAUCUUUAUAUCUCUUUAAAGAUCUUGAUUAUAUUCCAAAAUGUUUCUUUGUCUUCUCAGAUCUUUCUAUUCGCGUCGAAGGUAGAUAUCGAUUUCAAUUAUCUUUAUUCCAAAUUCAAGGGUAAAAAAAAAUAAGAAAUAAAGAAUAAAAAAUAAAAAAAUAAAAA